AUGCCAUCAGAAGCUAGUUGCGAACAACCCAAAAAGAAACCGAGACUCGCCAAGUCAUGUGAACAAUGCCGAAAUAGAAAAGUCCGCUGCGAUCUACGCUUUCCUUGUGGGCCUUGCUUGAAGUCGAGGGACCGGCUGAACUGCGCGUACCGGAAUAACCCCGGCGACCUCGUUGUUCCUCGCACCGAUCCACCACCAAACGAGCAUACCGCACCCGUCCCUCCUCCUAAUCCCCCUGUUCUGUAUAAUGAAGGCACCUUUGGGGGGUCAACUGGCCGUGGUGAGGAUCAUGGCUUUGCGCCGCCCGCCAUCACAGGCGCUACCGCCGCUCCUCUCAGCAACGGUCCAGGACAUGCUGUCACAAGGCCCCAAGUUUCCCUAGGGGAUAAGCCUCUAACGUCUCAGAGUGAGUUGAUCCUGAGGCUCGCGGAACGCAUACGGCGUCUUGAGGACCAAGCGGCCAGUUCUCGUCUGGUGCCUAGUGGUGAGACAGACGCCACGGACGGUCUGCGAGUACAGCCUACCACACCCCGUCUGCGCUGCACACAGGACAAGGUCAGAAUGUUUGGCGAGACACAUUGGGUCCAUACUGCGGAGAAGGUCUUCAAUUUCGCCUCUUUUGAUGCCGACGUGGAGCCGGACUUGGGCCAGCACAGAGUAGACAUGACGAAGACGUGGAAAGAGCUCAGAAGUCUGCGUUACUCUUUGAAAGCAAAGCAGCAGGCCGAAGCCCCAAUAGACCCGUCAGAUCUCAGUCUCUUUCCGCCGCGGAAUGUCUGUGAUACACUUACAACACAUUAUCUGCAAAAGUUCGACCGCAUGUAUCGCAUCUUGAUUAUACCAAAGUUGAGGGAGCAGACCAACCAAUUCUGGAGGGACUCUCAAUCUGUUCCCAAGUCUUUCGCCAUGAAAUAUGUCCUGAUUCUAGCCACCGGAAUGCCGUUUGCGUCCUUUGCUGGAUGCAUGGAUCAGUCAACACGUCAAGCCAGACAAUGGAUCCACACGGCUCAGUUAUGGCUGGCCACAAACGAGAAGUCAACAAUCAACUUGCAAGGUCUGCAGAUUUUUUGCCUGCUCGUCAUUGCACGCCAGGUGAAUGGUCUCGGACCCUCGCCAUAUUUCUCUGCCGCUGCUUUGCUCUCGCUUGCCGUGCGGAUGGGUCUCCACCGGGACAAGGACUUCUUUCCAAACCUCUCGCGUGCACAAGCCGAGUUUAUGGCUCGGCUAUGGUCCACCGUGGUAGAGCUGGCACUUGUUUCAUCGCUCGAAGACGGCACAGUUCCCCUUGUGCAACUUACGCAAUGCGACGUGAAGAGGCCAUUGGACAUGGAUGAUUCAGAAAUGACGGAUGAGCCUGUUCAUGGGCAGUCAUACUCUCUUGGUGAUCGGGUCACGGACACAACAAUCCAGCUGGUACUGCUGCAAUCGCAACAACUACGGAUCCGUGUUUUAGAAGUGGUCAACAGAACUGGGCCUAGAGCUUCAUACAAUACCAUCGUGGACCUCACCAAUCAGGUGCGAAAGGCUUGCGCGGAGGUGUCAGCCUUCUUCGCUUCCCACUCAAAAGUACUAGGGCCCGAUGCAGAUUUUAACCAAAAAUACUUGGAUAUGUAUCUUCGCAAGCACAUCCUCUUACUUCACCGACCCUUCAUGCUCGAAGCUCGACAAGAUCCGCGCUUCUACCUAUCUCGCAAGAUUUGCCUUGAGACAAGCAUGAUCAUGGCCUCUUACACCGACGAGCUGAACCUGCCGUCACCGAAUAUGAGUGAUUUCUCGAGUCUAAUGGUUCAUGGCUCCGGCCACCUGCGUGGUGGUUUGAGCCUCGAUGUCAUCAUCACUCUUGCGUUCGAGGUCAACGCACAGCUCCAGGAGGAGGAGAGUACUCUAGGUCCACUUUCAGGUGAUCCAGCCCAACAGCUUGCGCAGCAGGCUCGACAGCCCAUCACGCGCCGACUGGAGCACAUCCGGACGCAGCUGUACGAAAUCAUCGCCAAAGGAAACCCAACCCUCAAAAGGUUCGGCAUAACCUCGGCCUUGCUGGCUCAGAUCAAGGCAUUGGAGGCAGGUGAAAACGUCAAAAACGCAUUCUUUGAUGCCAUCAAGGAUGUUCUGCAGAAAUGCACUGAAACACUUCAGGCGUACAUGGCCAGCCACGAGGCGCUGGCGUUGAGCUCGACUCAGCUAUCACCACCGACUUUUGACAAUUUUGACUUCGACCUUGGUGACACGGUAUGUCUCUUGCAUGUCCUGAGCGGCUCGUUGGAGAACUUUUUCUACACUCAGAUAUAG